CCAGUCCCGCCACGGAUUCAUCUAGUAUCCUUACACAGACCAGCCCGCAGAGACGACGCGUUAAGGCGGCCGCUCAGCGCCAAUUGCCUGCUGCGGUACAGCUCGCCGCUUCCAAGGCCUGGCGACCGUGGAGGGAGGGGAGAGGCGAAGCGCGCGCCGCUGCGGGAAGACACCGAAGCUAGAGCGACACCCCCUCCCGCCCCCCACCUUGCAGCGCAGGCUUUGAACGCCGCUUCCCCCAUCUGAAUGGAAACUCGGAACCGCCCGGCGGCGCUUUCCUCCUCGCUCAGCCUGUCAAUCCAUGCCGAGAGGAAGGCGGUACAAGCCCGCGCCAGCAGCGUCCAGCUCCCGGGACAGGGCCCGCGAUGCUGCUGAGCAGAACUUGAUCGCGCCUCUUCGUCGCUGCUAGUGGAAGCGAUGCUGCACCGCACAGGCAGCGCUUCCCCGGCUCUCCUUCAAGCUGAAGGUUACCCACCCGCGCAGCCAGCCGCAACCUUGUGAGCCGCGCGCGCCUCAAGUCCGGGCUCCGGCUGCUCCGCGGCGGCGUGCAGGGGCAACCACCGGCGGGCCGCCCGCGCCGGGGCGCACUGCACCAGCGGCUUCGGCUUGGUGGAUGUGUAUGCAUGAGUUCUGCACCGAAUGGGCGCAAAAAGCGCCCCAGCCGGUCCACCCGCUCUUCGAUCUUCCAGAUCAGCAAGCCUCCGCUGCAGAGCGGGGAUUGGGAGCGCAGGGGCAGCGGCUCCGAAAGCGCCCACAAAACCCAACGAGCCCUGGACGACUGCAAGAUGCUUGUCCAAGAGUUCAACACGCAAGUGGCCCUGUACCGAGAGUUGGUCAUUUCUAUUGGGGACGUCUCAGUCAGCUGCCCCUCUCUGCGGGCGGAAAUGCACAAGACAAGAACCAAAGGCUGUGAAAUGGCUCGUCAGGCACACCAAAAGCUGGCUGCCAUCUCAGGCCCGGAAGACGGUGAGAUCCAUCCCGAAAUCUGCCGGCUUUACAUCCAGCUGCAGUGUUGCCUAGAGAUGUACACCACGGAGAUGCUGAAAUCCAUUUGUCUGCUGGGGUCUCUUCAGUUUCAUCGAAAAGGAAAAGAAGCUAGUGGGGGAGUGAAGAGUUUGGACAGCAAAACUGAGGAGAAUGCUGAAACACCUGCCCUGGAGGACUCCUUGUCAUCCCCUGUAGAUAAUCAACAGCAGUCCUGGCAGGUUGCCACAGACAUUGAAAACACUGAAAGAGACAUGCGAGAAAUGAAAAACCUUCUAAGCAAACUCAGGGAAACGAUGCCUUUACCACUGAAAAACCAAGAUGACAGCAGCCUUCUGAAUCUAACUCCCUACCCCAUGGUCAGAAGAAGGAAGAGAAGGUUCUUCGGGUUGUGUUGUCUUGUCUCAAGCUAGGUGGUUCCCUCCUGGAAACUCACCACCAAGAUCACCUGAAAAACACCACAGAACCGAAGACCUCCACACAGCAGAACACCGAGAACGGUUUUGACCAUGUUUUCUAUGCUUCCUUUAUUACUUUAAUCCGCCUCUCCCUGCCCUUUUAAAUGAUUUUACACUUGAAAGCAGCUGCCAACAAGGGAGAAAAAAAAAAAAAAAAAAAAAAAAAAAAAAAAAAAGGAACAGAUUCAAAGUGGCACAGCCUGUUUUUAAAAGGGAUUUUUAAAAAGUUGACAUUGUGCAUGUCUGCUCCGAACCAUGCCAUGACAGAUGCAAGAAUUAUGAUUUUUAAAUUAUUUAAAGGUUUUUUUUAAAAAAAUGUAUUAUACAGAAAAAAUAUUUCGCAUAUAGUAGUAAAUCCAUAGCUCUUGCUGACGCCAUGUUAGCCAUUUAUCAGAUACGAAAGAUGUCUCUAAACAUAGAAAUCUAUUUAAAACUCUAAACUGUUGAAGAAUCCAGUCUAUGAGUAUCAUUAGAAAUAAUUAUAUAACCAAACACACACCACCUCAUGUGUUGCCUUCUCUGCACUCAUUUGCAUUUAGUCUUCCAUUCUGUCAGAAUCUAAGUGUCAACAUAAGAAAAUCUUAAUUUAUAAUGCAACAGAACCAUAUAUGAAAAACACAUUUUGUAAAUACAGAGUAAUCCUACUAUCUUCGAACAAUGCAUAUGGGCAACUAAUUUUCUUUUAAUCCAAUGAUGUCUUUUUGAGCUUCUUGGAAAAUGAAGUUAUUCGGUUAAGAACUGGUGUAGUAACAUAUUACAAUUACCCUCAGAUGUAAAACUGAAUAUAAUCACAUUUUGUUUGAAUUGAAAUCUGAAGCAUGGAGUCCGCACAUGAGCAUAGUGUUAAAUCUUAUAGGGCAUGCUGGAAUUAGCUCAGAUCAUAAAACUAUUUAACAUUUUACAUUAUUACUGAAAAAAAAACUGUUUUAGUUAAGCUUAGCUUGUCUCAUUUUAGAUGACUAUGCAGACAUGACUUUUCCAAUGUGUACUCUGUGUCUUGUCCCAUACUUAGAAUCUCGAGAGCAGGGCACACUAAGCAAUACUGUAUUUUAGAAGAGAGAAAGCCACAUGCUGUGUUUUCUGCUCGUGGCCCUGUUGCACUCUUCUUCCACAGACUUGUAAUAUGCUAUAAAUCCUGCUUCAUUUUCUCCUGUCCUUCCUCUGACCCUUUUCCCAGACAGAAUUCCCCAUGAGUUGGAAGAUGCACCUUUGCACUUCUCACCUUGUUUUCCAUGCUCUGAAAGAUCUCCAAGUCAGACAAGAGGCAACAGUCUUCAACCUUAAGAGGGACAGACUAGUUACCUGCAAGUGGCUUCAAUCCCAGCCCUGAGUGGGCAAUUAUUUGUACAGUAAUAUGCUGGCCUAAAAACUAGAUAUUUUAAAGCCUUUCACUUUACAAAAGAUGGAGAGAGCAUGGAAAACUAUUGUAUUGGUUGAAUUCUAUGAAAUGGCUGAUAUUUGACUGUUUUGACUUAUUUUUUAAAACACACAC